AUGCACCAGCCACAGGCGCAGCAGCCAGUGAUGCCGGCGCGGCGGUUUCCCUCGGCGCAGCAGCCACUCAGCGAAAAGCCAGAGUUCCGCGAGGGGUCCACGCUGAAGGAGUUUGACAAGCAGGGCCGUGUUGUUGGUCGCUUUCGCUGCGGGCGGCUGCUCGGCCGCGGUGGUUUCGCGAAGUGUUACGAGGUGGAGCGGGAUGGCGAGUCGUAUGCACUCAAGGUGAUUGACCGUUCCAUUCUGCAAAAGACCAAGACAUUGCAGAAGCUGCACUCGGAGAUCUCGAUUCACCGCCGCAUGAAGCACAAGAACAUUGUCAAUUUUAUCCGCACCUUCCAGGACGACUGGAAUGUGUACAUGUUGUUAGAGAAGUGCAGCAAUCAGACCCUCAUGGAAAUAUCAAAGCGCCGGACGCGCUUCACUGUGCCUGAGACACAACACAUCAUGCUGCAGGCACUUGCUGCUAUUCAUUACAUGCACGAUCAGUGUGUCAUUCACCGCGACCUGAAACUGGGAAACAUGAUGAUGGACGCCGAGAUGAAUGUGAAGAUUGGGGACUUUGGCCUUGCUGCAGAGCUUCAGUACGACGGCGAGCGGAAGCGGACGAUUUGUGGCACGCCAAACUACAUUGCCCCUGAGAUCAUUGAUAGUGCUCACGAGGGGCACAGCUACGAGGUGGACAUUUGGUCACUGGGUGUCAUUCUUUACACUCUCUUGGUGGGUGAACCACCGUUCCAGACGUCCGAUGUGAAGGCUACUUACCGCCGUAUCAAACAGUGCCGGUAUGAGUUUCCCUCUCGACUGGAUAUACCAGAGAGCGGGAAGGAGCUGAUCCACCGCAUUCUGCAGAGCCGUCCUGAUCAUCGUCCGACACUUGUGGAGAUACGCACUCAUCCCUUUUUCCGCUUUCCGACUCCUCCGUCCAGCGCGCCACUCUCGCUGUUUCCCUCGUCGCGUCGCCGCAUGGAGGUGGAGGGGCAACAGCAGCCACAGAAAACGUGGAAAGGCUCUGAAACGGCUCCCGCCGCGAAAACUCAACGGGAAGUGCUUCGGCCGCUCAACACGAACACCGUGGCUCCGGGGCGCCAGCCGGCCCAGCCAGGGGCCGCAUCACAGGCUCUCCUCUACGGUGGCACGGUCCCUAAUGCCUGUAACCAGGGGAAGGUAGAGGAAGCAGGGGAGCCGCCUAGCGUCGAUUCUGCUCGCCCCUUACCAGCAGGUGUGCCGAAGGGCGAGAGGCAUGUCACGGCACCUCGUUCGACGUAUUAUGUGCUCGACGAUGAGGAGAGGAAUCACCUCACCGCCGUCCACGACCACCUCCAGAAGACACUUCUCGGCGAGGUUGACCAUUACGGUGGCGAGAAGCCGCUCAUGUCUCUGCCACCAAAUAACACCGGAAAACUAUCGAAACCACUCACAAUGACCACCAAAACAAAAGCAGGUGGAGUAGGGAUAGAAACGGCAGAGGAGGACAAGGGGGCAAAGAACGAGUUUCCACUCCCAUCCGUGUGGGUGACAGAUUACGCCGAUUUCUCUGCAAAGUAUGGACUCUGCUACAGGUUGAGUACGAGCCACACAGGCGUGCACUUCAACGACUCCACGAAAAUGGUGUGGGAGCCCAUCACGGGUCGUGUGGAGUAUUAUGCGCGGGUCAAGGAGGUUGUGUCGCAUAACAAUGCCGGUGUUAUGCACGCCAGGGACCAGCGUCAGGCAUUUCACAUGGAAACAUUUCCCGAGAGCCUCAACAAGAAGGUAACACUUAUUAAGUAUUUCAAGUCCUACUUGUCGCGCGCCCGCAACGGACGCGAAGGAGUGGAGGUGGUGCGUUGUUCGCCGUACAUGGAUCAGACACCUGUGUUGCUUAGCGAGCCACAUAUGAUUGAGGACAUUGUUUACGUCAAGCGCUGGCUUCUCACACCGCAUGCAAUGAUAUUCCGUCUGUCCAAUAAAACUAUCCAGGUUUGCUUUCAUGACAAGGCGGAGGUUAUUCUCAGUUCUGAGUCGCGGGUCGUGACAUAUACCGAUGCCUCGGGUCACCGCAUCACCGUACCACUGUAUUCAGCGACCUCCCACUCGAAUGAAAUUGCGUCGCGGCUGCGGUACACCAAGGACAUCCUUUGCGAACUCAUUCAAAAUCGUGAAUUGUAG